GCCAAUCUUAAAGCUGAUUCGACCACCAAAACUCUCCUCCAGCGAUGUCAGGAUCUGGUGAAGAUCAUUGAUGAAUAUCCUGCAAAGGAGCUGCACUCGAUUUUCCCCUGGCUGGUGGAGAGUGUGUUUGGCAGUCUGGAUGGGAUCAUCGCCGGCUGGAACCUGCGACUCCUGCACUCGCGGAGCCAUGAGUACAACACUGCUAUGGAGUUUCUAAACCCGAGUGGGCCGAUGAUGAAGCUCGUGUAUAAACUUCAAGCAGAAGAGUACAAAUAUGAAAUACCCGUUAAUUAUCUCCCGGGUCCCGUGAAGGCCUGCAUCCAGGAGGGAGUUCUCCCCGACUGCCCGCUGUUCCACAACAAGCUGCAGUUCCCCCUGUCUGGUCUGCUGACUCUGAACCUUGCUCUCAAUCCAUUUGAAUUCUUCAUGUUCAAUUUUGCCUACUGUCUCAUCACGCCAAAGAGCUACCCUCCAGGCCAACAUGGAAGCUCCACUGACAGUGCCUACUUUGUCCUAGUGGACACUUACCUUAAAUACUUCCUCCCCAGUGAAGGAAGCGUACCUCCUUCCCCUUUCUCUGACUCCAGAGGCUCCGUCACCGCACCUUCACCGAGAUCCUCCACUGUUUCUUUUGCUGGUUAUGGCGUUCACAGCCCCAGUCUUCUGAAACAUCACAUAUUCCAUCAACCGUCAGUGAACGCAGACCCCGCAGCCCAGGAGAUCUGGAGGUCUGAAACACUGUUACAGAUGUUUGUGGAGAUCUGGCUCCAUCACUACUCCCUGGAGAUGUACCAGAAGCUCCAGUCUCCUCAGGUGAAGCUGGCGCUGCUACAGUAUCGCCUCAGUAUGUCCAGCAUGCCGUGCCAACCCCACGCCCCACCAGGCUCUGGGACCCUCCACACCUACCAAGUACUUUUACCUUUUCAUUCACCCCCGCCCCUCUGGGGCCUCCUGGAGGAACCCUUCAGCCCGACAGAGGAGCACGUGCUGGUGGUGCGUCUCCUGGUGAAACAUCUGCAUGCCUUCUCCAACAGCCUGAAGCCCGAGCAGCUGUCCUCCUCGCCCUCGGCCCACUCGCACACUCACCCCAGCCCGCUGGAGGAGUUCAAGAGGGUGGUGGUGCAACGUUUCGUGCAGCAGAAACUGUACCUGUUUCUCCAGCAUUGCUUCGGUCACUGGCCUUUAGACGCCUCUUUCAGAGCGGUGUUGGAGACGUGGCUGAGCUACAUCCAACCGUGGAGAUACACAGGGGAGAAGACCAAUCCUCAGCCAGACCAAAACAGAACAGUCCCUGAUAAAUGGGAGUCGUUUGUUCAGGAGAACCUGCUCAUGUACACAAAGCUCUUCCAGGUGUUUUUGAACCGAACCGUGAGGACCGAUCUGGUUAAUGCCAAAAACGCACUGAUGGUCUUCAGGGUGGCCAAAGUCUUCGCUCAGCCGAACCUCUCUGAGAUGAUCCAGAAAGGAGAACAGUUGUUUCUGGAGCCGGAGCACGUCCUCCACCACCGGCAGCCCCGCGGCUACCUGACGCCGAGCCAAGGAGGCAGCUUCCUGUCGUCGCGGCAACGGGUGAUGACAGACAUGGUGUUCAGGGUGAAGAGUCACGUCUAUGCUUUGGAGGGCCAGGACUGCCAGUACAAACAGAUGUUUGGCACUGAGCUCAGAGGAGCAGUCAUGAAGUUAAUCCAGAUAAUCGCACAGGCCAGACAGACGGCCAAGAGGAUAUCGGAUCACUCCAGCGAGGUGGCGGCCAAUAACUCGUUCAUGUCCUGGUUUGGGAUGGGCUCUUCUGAGCUCAACAACACCUUCCCCGGGGCCGAGCCGGAGGAGAGCGGGGAAUGUCUGAAAAAGACCCACGAGUUCCUGGACAGAGCUUUGGAGAACUUGUGUCAAAUCUUCAAGCUGAACCAGGGUCAGCUCACUCAGCUUAUAUCCAACCUGGGUUCCUCCCAGGACGAUGGAAACUGCAAGCAGCUGCCAGACUGCAUCCAGGGAGAGAACGGUCUGAUCCUGACUGACCUGGGCAGGAGGCAGAUCUUAAGUGGACUGCGCAGGUUUGACAUUCACUAUCAAGGAGACCCGGAGCUGCAGCCCAUUAGGAGCUACGAGAACGCCCUGCUGGUCAGGCUUUUCUACAGGAUCUCGUCUCUCAUCAAUGAAAGGUUCGGAGGCCACAUGAACGCGCUCUGCUCACGUCCGGACUUCCUGGGCCGCCUGGGUCGUCACUACUUGGCCAAUCCGGAUUCCACCGUGAAACUGAAGCAGAGCCCGUUAUCCCGGCGGACGCUGGAGAGGAACCGCCAGCCGAGGGUGAGCCUGCGUCCGCUGGCCAGCUACAGGACGAUACUGCUGCUGCUGCUCUUCUACGUGUUGGGGGCCCUGCUGUCGUUUGGCCCCGUAUCCAGCACUCUGCUCAUCCUCACGGGGGGGUUCCUGUACGGACUCUUGAUGACGCUGUUUGGAGACAAACUGAAAACACACUAGCCGAGCCGCAGGGUUUCCUGCACACGUCUAAAGAAUACACAUCGUGGAUUUGAUCAAUUCCAGCUUUGAAUGUUUUACAAAACAAGUGUUGAGGGCUGCAAUUAACAAUUCUUUUCUCAAUUGUUUGGCCUAUAUAACAUAAAAACUAAUGGUCUAAAACUAUACUUACUAUAACGUAGAGACAAUAUUUGGAUCUUUCACUUAAAAUGAUUAAUCGAUUACCAGGACAGUUGCCAAUAAAGUUUCUGCCAUUCGACUAAUUUAGUUGCAGCUCAGUCUUAUACUUUAGCUUCCAGCUGCUGCAGUGGAGUCAGAGAGUCGGUGUUGGUGAGGUAUAAUCCUGUUCCUGUGAGCUCUGUAGUGUGAGUGUCUGAACACUUUGUAAAGGGACAGCAUUUGGAAAAGGGUCGUGUAGGAACCUUGUCGGCAGGAGACUGGCAGCUCUUUUGUUGUUUUUUGAUUUUGACUGUUUAACUGUUUUUAAAAGUGGUUUAUGUAACCUUGUAAAUGUUGCUGCCCGGUUGGUUGGGCUUGUUUUUUUUUUUUUCCUCCAACAACCACCUGAGAGCAGGUGCAAGCCAAACAUUCACAUUACGCUGACAGAAUAAACUAUUCUAUAAACUAUUUUUCUCAAUGAAGCAAAAUGCCUUUUUGUCCAAAAGAUUCAAUAAACUAUUUGCACUUGU